UCACCUUCGCCUAAUCUGGAGCACUGGCAACCUGUGGAUUUAACAACCAUCGAGUGAAAUUCUCAUUCCUAUGUAAAACAAAAUUGCACUACGGAGCACUCCAAAGUACCGUAAAUAUAAUACGAACAAAGAUUAAUCUUGAAUUAGUGAAGUGCGCCCAAUGACUACGACAUUACUGGCUUCAGAAUAAUUCAUGUUGCCUCCAACUUGCUUAUUUUGAAACUGCAAACUUUUCCCAGCAGAUUUAAAUUAAAUUCAAUGAACACAAAGAUGCUAACACGUUUCACCGAGUCUUUGGCAGUUUUAACCCACAGCUCUUUCAACGAACCCAGGACUUCAGCGGCGACGCUCCACGCGCAGGGCUCGCUGGCAGACGCUGCCCUCGAUUUCCUUAGCAACGUGAUUGGUUGAGACGGUGAGGCCAAUCCAGUUGCGUCCUUGUGUUGCCCAUGGUUACGGCUUCAGCGACGACUCCAGGCCCAAACAAGAAGCUGCACUGAAGGCCGGGGCAGAGCGGGGCCGCCCACCUGAUCUCCGUCAACCGUAAUCAAUAUAGUGAAAAUGGCAAAGAAAAAGAAGGACAGUAAAGGAGGCAGUGAAGAUAAAAUGGCUUUGGCAGAAGUUUUUCUCCAUUUUCGGUUUCAGUUAAAAGAAAAAGCUAUGGAAAGGUUCAGGCAGGAAAUACAACACCUCGAAGAAGUGAAGGCACAAAACAUUGAACACAAUGAACAGUUGAAGAAGGAGCAGAAGGAACACAUCAGAAUUCUAGUCAGAAAAGCAAAGGAGCUGGAGAAAGAGCUAGAACGCAAAGAGAAAAUCAACAAUGAACAAGUAGCACAAGCUUUAAAAGAAAAAUUGGAAAUAAUUAAACAAAACAAACAGCAAACACAAGAGUUGCUGAAUUCUUUAAAAGUUGUGGAGCAGAAAAUUCUGAAGGAGGAAGAAGUGAAAGCAUACUGGCUGGAGUACAAGAAUGUUGGAAGCAUUGAACAUCGCAGAAUUAUUACGGUUCGAGAAAAUGAACUUGUGGAGCUGGUGAAAAAUUUUCGUGAAAUCGAAGACCACUUUCAUCGAGCCUUAGCUCGAGCAAAGGAAGAAAUUGACAGAAUAAUGAAGGAACAAAUGAAUGAGAAAAAGGCAAUGGCUGCAGAGAAUGCUGUAAGUUAUAUGGGUAAAUACACUCGACAACAAGUAAAGGAAAAUGCAUGGCUAAAGAAAGAGCUAAACCUAUAUAGUCUCGAAGUUACUAAUUUGGAACAAGCAGUACAAAAAGUUGAACAGGACAAUCUAAAAAUUUUGAGUCAACUGUUUGAUUGCCAGAUCAGUGACCUUAAUGAAUGCAGAAACCUGUUCAAAAUUCGUGCAGCUGGGUCCAAGAGCCAAGAUGGUGGGAUAUUGGAAGAAGAAUUAGCUAAAUUAGCGUUCAGAGGUGAACCUUCAGAUGCCCUUGUGGAAAUCCAUGAUGCUAGCUACAACCUACCAAAACUCAAGAGUGCAACAUUGCUUGCAUCAGAGAAGAAAGUUUCAUCAAUGCAACCGUAUUUUAAAGAGGAAAUGACAGAAAGUGAUGAUAAACCGCAGUUCCAACUGGGCAAGUCUGUAUCACAAAAUCUCACCUACUUGUUGCAGGAAGAUGAAAAAUACUUUAAGUAUUUUGAUUGUGGUGCCUUGGAACAGAAGCUGUUGCACGUCGAGGGCCGAGCCAUGCCUCUUGAAGACAUCGCGCAACUUCCCAGUCAAGGAAAGAAAAAUGAAGAAACAAAAUCAAAUGAAGUAGCGAUGGUAUGGCCUGUUACUGGUACAAUGCUCAGAUCAGCUAUAUUAUAGUUAUUAAAACUCUUGCCCUUUGAAGCAUUAGUAGAUGUAGAGUGGAUUAUUUCAAAUCAAAGACUACUGUGGUUGCAAGUUUUUUAUGGUUUAGUUUACUUGCUUUUCAUCUCCUCCAUCCAACUAUCCUGAAAACAGUGAUGAAUAGUUCCAUGCACCAGCAGUAUUCAGGUAUCUCACCCAAGUUUUUUUCUUAAUGUACCCAAAAACAAUUACAAUUAUCUAUUUAGAUUUAAGAUAACUAAAUGCAGAACAGAAAUUAUUCUCAGCAAUUUGCUACAUACAUGAGGAUAUUUGGAGCAACUGAAUAUCAAUUACCUUGUUUACUUUGAUAGGAAAUCAUUCUGUAACUGAAGCAACUAUUUAAUAUUCUAUAUUUAAACCUUGGAAUGAGGCUUUAUAAUUGGGGUCAGUUGGUGCAGUUGCAGAAUGGCUAGUUUGUGAUGCAAAAUGAUGCCAACAGCAUGGGUUCAAUUUCCUACCAGCUGGAAUUACCUGGAAGGUCCUACUUUUUUGACUUUGCCCCUCAUUUAAGGCAUGGUGACCCACAGGUUAACCACCAGUCAUCUCUCUGAUGAAAGAGAACCCUAUGGAACUAUGGUGACCUCACCUCAAUUAAACCUUUACUCAAAUUUAAAGAUGUUAUGCAAGCUCCUUCAAAACAGCUGAGAAAGAAUUACAUAUUUCUUAACUCCCCCCACCACCACCACCCACAAAAGGGAGGCAGAGUUUUUAGAAAUUGUCUUGUAUUCUUCGGUGGAUGGCCAACGUGGGGCAUCACCAAACUGUUCCUUUAAUCCCGUAGGAUCUCUGUAGGAAUAAAGGAUACCAUGCCUUUUACCUGGUCUGAAAACAGCUAAAAAUUCAAGUCACAAAAGUGCAAUUAUUUAAUUAGUUUAAGUAUAAAUCAUGACUAAGAAUCAUGCAAUUCAAAGUAAGGUACUCUGUAUUCAUAAAUCAAUGUGUUAAAAUAAACAUAUUAGAAAUCAGUAUACCAAAUUUUCAUUCGCUUUUAGAAAAUGUAAGCUAUUGAGAGACUGAGAAGGCAGACAACACACAGUGUAGGAAACCACUUCAGAAGCCUGACCAAUAAAACAUGCAGAGCUAAAGGUUUAACUAACACAGGAGGAGACCAAAAGCUUGCUCAAUGAUGUGAAUUUUAAGGCGUGUCUUAAAGAAGCAUAGGGAGGUGGACCAUAUUUUGAGAGGGAACUUUGGACCACAGCUGAAAUUAUGACCAUCAGCAGUAAUGUGAAAAUUACAGAAGAAGUUGGGGGAGGUCACAGCAAAGCAGGAGGUGAUCAUCAGAAAAGUGUGGCAGUGUGAGGUGUUGGAAAAUGAAAUAUAAAAAGAAAGAGAAAUUACUUUCAAACCCAUGCUCAGUUAUCUGCAUAUUAUGCAAUGCAGAGUAAUGCCAACAUUUUAGGUUCAUUUCCCACACUCUCCUUCUCAACCUCUCCCCUAGCCUGAAGUGUGACCUACCACCAACUGUCAUCUAUGAGAGCACAGCUGACAGGACUAUGGCAACUUCUGCAUUACUAUCAAAUCAUGUAAUUAUAGUAUGAAGAAUGUUUGUAAAUUGAUACAUUAAGCAGUCCGAAUAUGUAUUUUGGUAGAUGCAUUACAAAAAUUCUGCUCAUCUAUCUUUUUUUCAUGGGAUGCAGACACUGCAGGCAAGGGCCUGUAUUUGUUGAUCAUCCCUAAUUAUUCUUGAACUGGAUAGUUUGCUUAGCCCUUGAGAGUCACAUUGCUUUAAGUCUGGAGUCACAUGUAGGCAAAACACACAAUGAUGGCAAAUUUCUUUUCCUUAAAAGGGCACAGAAGCUUGGGUUUAGAGCUUAGUCAAGGAAUUUAUAUGACCACUAGAGAGGAGGUCAGUUAGCUCAGUUGACUGAAUGGCUGGUUUGCAACACUGCUACCAGCAGCAUGGGUUCAAUCCCCAGACCAGCUGAGGCUACCAUGAAGAAUUCUCCUUCUUAACCUGGUCCCUCACCUGAGACAAUGGUGACCCUUGGGUUAAACCACUGCCAGUCACCUCUCUUUAAUGAGAGAGCAGCCUUAUAGUCUGGUCAGACUGUAGAGACUUUACCUUUUACUAAAGAAAAUGAUUCUGGAAAACAUGAUUGAAAAUAUUCUAAGAAAUAAGAAUCCAUAUUAAAUAAAAUCAAAAUUCAUCGAAUAAUAGAUGCAAUGACAAAAAAAAAAUCUCCUUUCCUCCUUCACUCAAUAAUCCAAAGGUAAGACUGGACCAUAGGCAGACAAUGAUGGAAGCAACAGGACUCAGCAUUAAUUUUCCCCACAGAAUAGACUUGGAAAGAAAUCAUUUUCAAUUAUUAUUUGAGCAUAUGUUGAUUCUCAAGAUUGACCUCUGCCAAAUUUCAUUCUGUGGGAAGUUGAAUGAUUAUUUGCAUGUGAAAAAUACGAAGCAAUUCAUUUGCAAAUAGGAAACUCCUGCCCUUCUCAGAGUUUGCAUGUUCACAAAACAUGGGAUGGCAUAUGAAUAUUUUCUACUUCAGCAUUACUAGAUAAAAAGUUACAUUGACAGAAAAUGUCUCAUGAUACA